AUGUCUAUAGUCCUUUACAGUCGGGGCCAAUCAUUUGUUUAUGGAUUCACUUACACUGUUACGUGGAAGCUAAGCUUUCCCACCACUAGUUUUUCAAGAACCCAAUCCCGUUUCAUCACUUUCAAAGUUCUGGCAGUGGACAUGAACUCGUUGGCAUUUUCAAUUGGGAAUUACACUCCCAGAAACCUCAGCACACCCAAUACAACACUGCUCAUUAAGAAUCUUGACACAACAAAAGCAUCGACUAUCAAAUUCUCAAGCCACCACCUAGAAAACUUUUCUCAACAGCCUCAGCUGAAAGAAACCCAAAGUGUUUUCAAUAGAAGAGAAGCAAUUGGUCUUGGCUUCUGCGCAAGCUUUCUUGAUGUUCUCUUGCAACAAGAGCUCCCUGCAAAAGCAGAAGAAGCUCCAUGUGAACUAACAGUUGCUCCUUCAGGUCUUGCUUUCUGUGACAAAAUUGUGGGAACUGGCCCUGAGGCUGUCAAGGGACAACUCAUUAAGGCGCAUUAUGUCGGGAAAUUGGAGAGUGGUAAGAUUUUCGAUAGCAGCUACAAUCGUGGGAAGCCUCUCACGUUUCGAGUUGGGGUUGGCGAGGUCAUCAGAGGCUGGGACCAAGGUAUUCUAGGUGGUGAUGGAAUUCCUCCUAUGCUAGCUGCUUUGUUCUCUUUGAUGGAUUUUAGGGGAAAGCGUAAAUUGAAGCUCCCUCCAGAAUUGGCAUAUGGCGUGAGAGGGGCUGGUUGCAAAGGAGGGUCUUGUAUCAUUCCUCCAGAUUCAGUUCUGUUAUUCGAUGUAGAGUUCAUUGGAAAGUUUGAGAUGAUUCCUUUAGAUGGAAUUAAAAUAUGUGUAACUCUGAGGAUGAAUAGCUUUGAAGGUUGUAUUUGA